AUGAGAUCUCCCUGGAGCCUUCUCUUCUCCAAGCUAAACAAGCUCACUUCCCUCAACCUUUCUUCAUAGGAGAGUUGUUCUAGCCCUCUGAUUGUCUUACUGGCCCUCUGGACCCGUUCCAAGUGCUCUGUGUCCUUCCUGUACUGGGGAACAUUGACGAUACCAAUUAAUGCCUCCUAAUGCUAGCUUUAACUCAGGAUAGCAGCCUCAAGAUGCCACGUUCUCAGGGGUAAAGGCGUUAACUCAAACCUUGUGCCAGCAUCUCAUCAGAGUGGGACUGAUGAGCUACCUCAGCCUCACUGAUACAACUGCCACAUGCUCCCUUUGAAAACUUGUUCACAAUUAUUUGGGGGCAUUGAUUUUUUGUGGGUUCCUUGGGCUGGGCUUUGAUGUAUUUGGUGACCCUACAUGUGGCAGGGGGUGAAACCAGACGAUCGCUGUGGUCCUUUCCAACCCAGGCCGUUCUAUGAGUAGCGGGGCCAAUGCUGUUUAGUAUCUCCAUCGAUGGCGCUGACAGUGAGACGUGCCCGACGGCCGGGACGCCGCCCAUCCCAGCAGUGCGUCCGGCAGAACCCCGUGAGGUUCGGCAGAUCCUCACCGCCCAUCCCGGGAGCCGCCGAGCCCACGCACGCGACACGGGGCCGCGAUGUCCGCGGGGGGGCGGGGCCUCGCCGUGGGGGCGGGGCUUCCUGAAGGUCGCGCGCCAGCUCGAGGUCGUCUAUUGGCCGAGGGGCGGAGCAUUGCGCAUGCGCCCUGCCCUCCCGCGGCCCGCUUUAUAGCCACGCGGCGGCGGGCUGGGGGCCGGCAUGGCGCGGCUGCAGGCGGUGCUGGUCGUGCUGCUGCGCGCGGUCCGCCUGCUGCCCGGCUCUGCGUCCGGCAACGGUUCCCUGGCUCGCUGCCCACCCGAGCAGUUCCACUGUUCGGAGCUGCACGAUCCCCAAACCGACUGCUACCCCCUGGAAUGGCUCUGCGACGGUCAUCCCGACUGCGAUGAUGGACGGGACGAAUGGGGCUGCGGAACGAACGGGAGCACCGCGCUGCCCACCGCCGGCGAGGCUUCAGCUGUCCCUGCACCUGGGCAUGCUCUGCCAUCCAGGAAUCACGGCCGCAUGUGGAUGCUGAUCGUUGCAGUGCUCCUGAGCUGCCUGGUAGCUGUGGGUGGUAUCGCUGCAUGGGGGAAAUCCAAAGCAAAAAGCAGGUCUGACAUCUUCAGUCUCGAAAAUGCAUCCAGGGAGCAGUUGGUGCCUGACAAGAGCCAGGCAGACUUGUUCUCCUGCCAGGUAAGUUCUUUGCCCCCCACGUGAGGGAGCAGAGCAGAGCUUCCUGCCCUGUUUCUAGCACUAGAGCUUUCCCCCUGGGUAGCUUUUCCCACUCUCCUGCUGCUGCUCAGCCACACACCUGUCGUUUCAGUUUGCCCUGAAGCAGCAGAGCUCUCCCCUUCCUUCCUCACUACCAGACAUGAGAGCUCUUCUUUGGCUGCAGGGAUCCCUGCAUGACCUGCUGUGAGAAGGUGCUGCCUUCUUUCAGUACUCUUUUGUCCCUCCUUUGCUGCUGAGGGCUCUGAGCACUCUGCUAGGACAUCUGCUAGGACAGAUUUCUGGUGUGGGUUGAUUUCCCAAACUUACAAACUGAACAAAACUGGAUUUCGUGGCAAAAGGACUGCCAACAACCACGUGUUUUUGUUUCCUGUAACAGGGAUCUUUCACUGUGAGGUGGUGAGAUGGGACUGACCUGCUCUCCCUGCUGCUCACCAUGGAAGCUGGCUGAGUUUGGACAUGACCCUGAUUUGCUGUUACACUCAGAUCUGCCAUUGGAAAUUAGUCUUAGAUGGUAGCACUAUGGGACUCGAAAUAGGACAGGACCUUCCCCAAUACUGUGAAAUCACCCCUCCUAAAGAUGACAGAAAUUCCCUCACUCUUUUUGCCUGCCAGGACUAUUAAUGCUGCUUCUCAUCACUGUGGCCUUCAACCUGUAGGUUUAAUUCUCCAUGAAGGUGCAGUGCCAGGUGCUGUUCUACCACCCCUCUCAGCAGAGCUCACUGAACCCACACCCAUCAGAUGUGCACUCCAUGAGCCUCCUUUUGCUGGAGGUUUUGAGUGUUUGCUGUCUUGCUUUCAGCUUGAAAUAACGAGUUCCUUGGGUCAGAUGCUGUGAGCUCUGCUUUGUGAGCUCUGCUUUGUGCUUGUUUCUGCAUGGCUCUGUGCUGUGCUCUUUGUGUAACUGACAGUGUUGGAGUUGUGUUGUGUGACCCAACAGCAGCUCAGCACCACGCAGCCCUUCCUUCCCAGCAGGGAAAGAAAAAAAAAAGUAAUUAUAAUAAUAUAUAUAUAUAUAUUUACAAAACAAAUGAUGCAGAAUGAGUUGCUCAGCACCUGCUGGCCGAUGCUCAGCUGAAGCACGGCAUGUUAGCAGUGUUCUUUAUUCCCCAAAGCCAAAACACAGCAUCAUACCAGACACUGAGAACACCCACCCUGUCCCAGCUGAAAGCAGGGCAGGAGAUUAUUGACCUGUGCCUCUAAUUCAGUGCUGACCUCUGUUCCGUGUGCUCCUUGCCAAGGGCUCAGAAGAUGCAGAGCUGCUCUGUGCUGCUGGGCAGAGCAGAAGCUGCCCAUCAGUCUCAGAGCAGAGCGUUCUGCUCUUGUGUAGCUUGUAAGUGUGCAGCUGUAACCCAUGGGAGCAGCUGGGCACAUUGCAGCAUCACUGUUGCACCAGGAGGUUGUAUGCAUGACCUUGCCUCUGUUCCCACAGGGACACAUAGAGGUAGCUGUUGGGGAAUGAUAUGGGAGAAUAAAGAAUGGGAAGCUGGAAUGACUUCUGAA